CCUCAUCCAACGAAUCCUUUGCCUUACAAGUGUUGUCCAAACACUCGUUUCUAAAAUAUAACCUUUUCCUCCACGCGCUCAGCACAGUCGCUAUGAAAAGCCCUAAACCGCUCCCGAAUCGGCAUCGGGCAGCACUGGUCCGUUUUGCUUUAGCCCCGUGUUGUUUGUUGUUAUUAUUAUUAUUCGAAGAAGAAAGAAAGAACUGUAGAAUAGAUCUGAUUUUUACGAAGGUUAUGAUCUCUUCAAUAUUCUAGCAGAAAGUCCAUCAGUUGAGUUAUCUUACACUUUGUGCAUAUACAUAGAAGAAUGGCUGAAGCAAUAUCAAGCUUUUGGGGACCUGUAACAUCUGCCGAGUGGUGUGAAAAAAAUUAUGUCUAUUCAUCUUAUAUUGCUGAAUUUUUCAACACCGUAUCAAAUAUCCCAGGCAUUCUCUUGGCACUCAUCGGCCUUAUAAAUGCUUUAAGACAACGGUUUGAGAAGAGGUUUAGCGUACUUCACAUAUCUAAUAUGAUACUUGCCAUUGGAAGUAUGCUAUACCAUGCCACUCUGCAACGCGUGCAGCAGCAAGGUGAUGAAACACCCAUGGUUUGGGAAAUGCUUUUGUAUUUCUACAUCCUCUACUCACCAGAUUGGCACUACCGAAGUGUGAUGCCCACCUUCUUGUUCCUUUAUGGAGCUGCAUUUGCGAUUUUCCAUGCACUGGUCCGUUUUGAAAUUGGUUUCAAGGUACAUUAUGUGAUUCUUUGCCUUCUCUGUGUUCCCCGGAUGUACAAGUACUACAUCUACACAAAAGAUGCAUCUGCAAAGCGGCUUGCAAAAUUAUAUUUGGCUACCAUUUUCAUGGGAAGUCUUUGUUGGCUUUUUGAUCGCCUAUUCUGCAACAACAUUUCUCAGUGGUACUUCAACCCCGAGGGACAUGCUUUAUGGCAUGUCUUGAUGGGGUUCAAUUCAUAUUUUGCAAACACAUUCCUGAUGUUUUGGCGUGCUCAGCAGUUGGGUUGGAAUCCAAAAGUUGCCCACUUCAUGGGUUUUUUCCCAUAUGUGAAAAUUCAAAAGCCAAAGACCCAGUGACAGGCGCUGCAAAGCAAACGGCGUCUUUCCUUUCCACCUCGUUUGGAGGCAGAUAUAUGGUUUUGGAAGAUAACAACCCUUAGCAACACAAUUCUUUUCUCCUUCAAUUUUCUAAAUGGUUGUAAAUGAUAGUUGAAUAUCUUGACAUCAUUAGUUGGAUUUUGCCAUCUUGGUUAAUUUAAAUUGUAUAAUUAGUGGGGUUUUGCUCUGAAAAUUUUUUGCUUGGAGGGUUCUCUAAUUUUCUCGCAUGUCAAAGUUCUUUCUUUUAGCCUAAAAAUGUAAAUUGGCUAAUUUGUUAUCCUUUAAUCCUAGUCAUCAAACACUGAUUAUGAGAAGCUUUUGGAAAGCUGUCAUUCGUACACGUUUCUUCUUUUUUUCUUGGCGUACACCAUACACUAGAGGUUUGUUGAA